CACAGUUGCUGCUUCUUUCACUCUCAUUUUGCCUUAAUGAAAAGUCUAGCAUGGCUUAUUAGCUACUGAAAUGAACAUUUGUGCCAAUGCCAAGUUGGUUGCAUCAUGGAGAGAGGCUGAAAAAAAUGGAAUGGAAAGGAGACAAAAAAGCAAAGUGAUGCAUCUGAAGAAAAAAAUGGAAACAGUUAGAGCGGAAGUGGAGUUGGACAGAUCUAGGGAAGUUUGUGGAACUGAGAAUUUUGCUGCCUGUCUCUCAUUCUUUUACUGCUUGUGAUAUUUCUUUGAGUUUUUGCUGAUGAGUCAACAUCUCUUCAGUUGCUGCGAGUGGUAAGCAGAGGACGUUUGAAGCCAGUAACUCCACCAACCUACACGAGGGGAGAGGAAUAAGAGAACAAAUAACAGCAAGCAGAAAAAGAUCUGGGAAAGAUCAAAGAAUGUCCCACGUCUCUCCAGUAUAUCAUCCAAGGACACCUAACCUAGAAGUAUAAAACUAUUUGCUCUUCUACAUACCUGGAAGAACAGAAGUAACUUUGUAGACUCAUUGUACUACGACUGAGAAUGGCCCUAAACCUCCUCAACUCUGAUGGAUUAUGAAGCCUGGAAUUUCAAGUCAGAUAGGACUACCAUCUGAAUGAAGGAAUAGAAUGAUGAGCACCAACUUGAAUUCUAAGCCCUUUUGGGGUCUCCUAUGAUCUCUGCUUCUCCCAGUAUCUUAAACAGAUCUAUCAAAGUCUUCACCUCAGGUGAUUCCCAGGCAUGUCAGCUGACAAUCGUACUGCAUGCAAAGAUUACAGUGGCAUUCACCAACUGCAGUUGACGGGAUACAGCUUGAUCUUCAUAGCAGGGUUAUGUCUCAAUGUUUCAUCCCUCUUGAUCUUCUUGUACCAUCUGAAACUCAAGUCAGUGGUGGCUAUCUACAUGUGUAACUUGGUUGUGAGUGACCUCCUUUUCACCAUAUCUUUGCCCUUCCGUAUUUACUACUAUUUCAGGGGGGAAUGGCCCUUUGGAACUUUUCUUUGUCAAGUCUCAGGUUCUCUCUUCCAAAUAAAUAUGUAUGGCAGUUGCCUUUUCCUGAUGUGCAUCAACUUGGACCGCUUUAUUGCUAUUGUCUACCCACUUCGCUGGCGCCAUCUCCGGCGCCCCAAAGUGGCCCGACUGCUCUGCUGUGUCGUUUGGGUGCUAAUUCUGAUAGGGUCUAUUCCAGUUGCUGUUAUCCACAAGACAACUUUAUGUGCUAAACAAGAUGAAACAAUUACUUUGUGCUUUGAAAGCUUCAGUCAACACUUGUGGCAGGCAGAACUCUUCUUUCUUGUCAUUUUAGCAGAGAUUCUUGGCUUUCUCCUCCCUCUGACCUCUGUGACAGUCUGCUCAGUCCGAAUUUUUCAGAAACUAUGCCAGGCUGGUGGGACCCAGAGCCUACGCCAAGAAAAGACCAUUCGCAUGCUUAUAGUCAAUCUGGUCAUCUUUAUCAUUUGCUUUGUACCCUACAACACCAUUCUGGCAGCCUAUGGGAUGAUCAAAGCCAAGGUGAUUCAGACUGAUGAAUCCACGCGGGCUUCAGUGCGCAAUGCCCUUAUCAUCACUAUGCUAUUUGCAAGUAUGAACUGUACUCUGGAUCCCUUGAUCUAUUAUUUCAAUACAGAAGGCUUCAAAAAUACUUUAAAGAAAAUAAGAAGAGGGCAAGCUUGGGAUUCUGAGAUGGGAACACUUCAGACUCAAGUAAAAAAAGUUGGUUUCUACAAGGCAGGGAAUGUUAAGCAAAGUAAUAAACAAUUCCCAGUUCAGAAUUUGAUUGCUCCCUGUGAGGGCUUGCCAUUUGCUUCCCCCAAGAUAUUAUUGAAUAGCUCCAUUGAAGACUCUGAAAUAUAGAGAUGGAGGAACGCAUUGGAAUGCAUUGGCAUUACAGAAAGUAAUUGCCAGAAAUAUUUGAUGCACUAAAUACUGUAAAGUCCUAUACAGUAAGAUGAUUUCACAUUUCAAGUACAAUUUCAGAUAUUGAUUUUAGAUUUUCUCUUCCAGCUCCCAUUCAUCAGAGCUGUCUGAUAUUCAUAUGAAUGCUAUGAAUGAUGUGAGAUAUUUAUGAUAAUAUCACUCAUUUCCAGGUUCAGUUCAAGCUCUCAACACUUGUUGCAGAAUCUGGCAUCAGAAUGAACUAAGAAUGGUUGUGGGCCAUGGAUCAUACUAUUGCAGAAAUACAAAGCUGUCAUUGCUCUGCUUUGCCAAAAAUAUAUAUUAGCUGUUUUCUGUAUCUAUAAUAACUCUGCAUUUUUAAUGACAGAAUGGUUUUUUGAGCUUUGGAAAAAUAGUUUAUAAAUACCUCAAAUAAAAAGUCAGCUAAAUAAAAACAAAUUCCUGUAAUGUCUAAUAAAAAAAGAUUUAAUCCUUUU